GUCGCCGCGUCGGAAGCCUUGAUCCGCCUCCCGCCCGUGUCUCCUCCGAGCGGGCAGAUUCGCCUCAGCGCCAGCCCUCCCCCCGCCUCUCCCCGUUAUUCUCCCCGCAGCCGCCUCCUUCCCCAUCCCAUCAUGAGGCUGAAGGGCCGGGGAUGCUGCGCCCGGGGCGGAGGCGACGCCGACCGAGAGGAGGCGGGAGGGGAAGAGGCGCGAGGCCCGCCGGUGCGGAGCCCCUUCGCGCACCAGCUGCGCUUCAGCACCCUGCAGAAAGCCAAGAUUGCCUUUAUGACUUUGACUCUGUUUCCCAUCCGGCUAUUCUUUGCUGCGUUUAUGAUGUUGUUGGCCUGGCCUUUUGCAUUUAUCGCUUCCAUGGGACCGGCUGAAAAAGAACUUGAAAAGCCUCUUUCUUGGUGGCGAAAGGUUGUGGACAUCUUGCUGAAGGCAAUCAUGAGGGCCAUGUGGCUUGCUGGAGGAUUCCAUUGGGUCAAUGUAAAGGGCCGGCAGGCAUUGCCCACUGAAGCAGCAAUAUUGACCCUGGCACCACAUUCCUCAUACUUCGAUGCUAUCCCUGUAACAAUGACCAUGGCCUCCAUUGUUAUGAAAGCAGAAAGCAAAGAUAUUCCUGUGUGGGGAACUCUGAUCAAAUAUAUCCGGCCCGUGUUUGUAUCUCGAUCAGAUCAGGAUUCCCGGAGAAAAACUGUUGAGGAAAUAAAACGACGUGCUCAGUCAAAUGGCAAAUGGCCACAGAUAAUGAUAUUCCCUGAAGGAACCUGCACUAAUAGAUCAUGUCUGAUUACCUUCAAACCUGGAGCAUUUAUCCCUGGAGUACCAGUCCAGCCAGUUAUUUUACGUUAUCCGAACAAACUGGAUACAAUAACAUGGACAUGGCAAGGCCCAGGAGCGUUGAAAAUUCUAUGGCUUACUUUAUGUCAGUUUCAUAAUUUUGUGGAAAUUGAGUUCCUGCCUGUUUAUAUACCUUCAGAGGAGGAAAGGAACAAUCCUUCUUUGUAUGCAAAUAAUGUGAGGCGAGUCAUGGCAAAGGCCUUGGGAGUUUCAGUAACAGACUAUACUUUUGAAGACUGCCAGCUAGCUUUGGCUGAAGGUCAGCUCCGUCUUCCUUCUAACACCUGUCUCUUAGAAUUUGCAAAACUUGUGCGAAGCCUUGGAUUAAAGCCAGAAAGGCUUGAAAAAGAACUUAAUAGCUAUUCAGAAAGUGCCAGAAGAAUGAAAAGGGAAAGGGUCAGUCUCAAAGAGUUUGCUGCAUACUUGGAAGUUCCAGUUUCUGACACAUUAGAAAACAUGUUUGCACUGUUCGAUGAGAAGGAAAAUGGCCUGAUUGACUUGCGAGAAUAUGUAACUGCUUUGUCAGUAGUCUGUCGACCAUCCAAAACCUUGCAGACCAUACAGUUGGCUUUUAAGAUGUAUCAGUCAGAAGCGGGAAUGCUAACAGAAGAAGAUUUAACUUGUAUUCUAAAGACUGCCAUGGGUGUAUCAGAACUUAAUGUAUCAAACCUUUUUAGAGCUAUAGACAAAGAAGAAAGGGGGACAAUUACAUAUGAUGAUUUUCACAGGUUUGCGGAAGUAUAUCCAAACUUUGCUGAAGAGUAUUUAUAUCCUGAUCAGAUGGAAGCAGAAAGUUAUUUGAAGAAUCCUGCUCCAAAUGGUUUCUGUACAGACUUCAGCCCAGAAAUCAUUGAAGACAGACGAAAUCCGCUGCAGAAGAAGCUGAAUUGAUACUAACAGUCCCGCCAUCCUCUUCUGGGGAGAGGAGUAUGUCCUGUCUUGGACCUUUCAUAGUCUCACAACUAUAUAACCUAAAUUUUCCAGGGGAAAAAAUGGAAUUAUCUAUGUGCAUCGUGGAGGAAUGAUGGGUAUAUGAAUGGACCAGAGUGUUUGGAAAGAUUUAAUGAACAUUGUGACGCCAACCAUUCUUCUUAAAAUACGAUUUACAGCCAAAGCUAGUAUAAGUUCUGCCCUAAAUUUGCAAGAGGAACUAUCAAAGGCAUCCAAGGUUUCAACAGAAUUCUAAUUGUGUUUAUAUUUGUGUACUUUUU